AUGUUAAAGGCUGAAUAUCGGGAGUUCAUAAAUCCCUCCAAGUGUGCAACGUUGAAUGAAUUAAUCGACUGGGCAAGAGAUGGAGAGAUCGAGUUAAGAAGGCAGGUUGAACGGGGAGAGAAAAGGGUGGCGGAGAAGCCUACCAACAUAAACCCAACGAAAAAGGCAAAGUAUCAAGAUCAAAGCAGGAAAGGAAAGGCAAGUAGUGGAAUCCUGACUUGUAAAACAUGCGGGAAACAUCAUUCGGGUGAAUGUCUAUUGGGAAAGAAGGGAUGUUACAAAUGUGGGCAAGAGGGACAUCCGUAUGAUAGGUGCCCCGAAAAUUCAAAAGCGUGUUACAAUUCUAAUCAAACAGGACACAUUAAAGCAGAAUGCCCGACAUUCCAACAAGGGGCAAAGAAAGAUGGAAAGAAAGAUGAGUCUUCUAAGGUUCGUGGGAGGAUGUUCUAG